CUCCCAUUCUACGCCACAAUCCGAAGCUCACCGCUUCAACUCUCCUCAUCCUGCUCCCCUUACUUUAUGUCCACAUCUUUACUCCACCGUCCGGCGAUCACCGAUAGUCUACGGCCAGUUGCUCGCCGGAAUUUGCCUCGCCAAAUGGCUACGUGCGUUGACUGCUGCUGCCGAACGAACUCCGCAUCGAUCAAUCCUCUCUCCUUCGCUCACUCCCAAUCCCGGAUUAACGAAAACCUGAUCGACUGGCCGGUAUUCCCUGAUAUCGCCUGCUCCUCGGACGAUUUCCGUGUCCCUGCCGGAGACUCCGGAGAGGACGCCGACGACUUAUGGGCCCAGAUAAGGGCCGAAGCCCUCUCCGACUCUGACUCUGAGCCGAUUCUCUACAGGUACCUUUCCGAUCUAAUCUUCCGCCACGACUCCCUCGAAUCCGCUCUCGCGAAUCUCCUGGCUAAAAAGCUCUGCAUUCCUAACCUCCUCCCUGCUUCCGAUCUUGACGAUCUGUUCGCUCAAGCCCUUAUCGAUGAUCAAUCAAUCAUCCGCGCUGCGCGCGCCGACCUCCUCGCGGCGCGCGAUCGGGAUCCAGCGUGCUCCAAAAUGGUGCACUGCUUACUCUACUACAAGGGCUUCCACGCCUGCCAGGCGCAUCGCAUGGCCCACCGGCUUUGGAUCACCGGCCGGCGUGCGGCGGCGAUGAUGAUACAGAGCCGUUCGUCGGAGAUUUUUGCGGUGGAUAUUCACCCUGCUGCAAGAAUUGGCUCCGGCCUGCUGCUUGAUCAUGCCACCGGCGUUGUGAUCGGGGAAACGGCUGUAAUCGGCAAUGAUGUCUCGAUAUUACAUAACGUGACGCUGGGGGGCACUGGGAAGGAAACCGGCGACCGGCACCCGAAGAUCGAGGAUGGAGUGCUGGUCGGAGCCGGCACGCAGAUCCUCGGGAACGUGAGAAUUGGGAAGGGAGCGAAGGUGGGGGCGGGGUCGGUGGUGCUCAAGGAUGUGCCGGCGUGGACGACUGCGGUGGGGAAUCCAGCGCGGUUACUGGGAGGCAAGGAGAAUCCGGUUCGCCUCGACCGGUUGGCCAGCUUGACUAUGGACCACACCUCGUGGUCCGAUUAUGUUAUAUGAAAUGCGAACCUUUUUACACGAAUAUACGCUUUGCGUAGGAGUAAAAAGGAAUAGUUCGGAAUAUGUGCUGAUUACUUAUUUAAUUUUAUAUGUGAAUGAUGAGAGUAUUACUUUUAUAUUCGUUGUGUAUUUAGUACAUAAUUAUAUAUUUAUUGUAUAUUCUAAUUUUUUGAGUACACAAUAAAUAUAUAAUUUUGUAUAAAAAAUACAUAAUAAAUAUAUAAUUAUAUAUAUUCUAAUAUUUUACAUAUAAAAUCAUAUAGCAUAUUGUGAGGCAAAGCUCAAUUUGUUUUGAGCUUUCAAGAAUGGAUUCUGUUUUAGCUGAAUAAGGCAAGAGGAAGAGCUAGAAGAUGUUUAGGACUCCUGGAUUCUAAAACAGUUUUUUGAAUUAAAAAUUAUUGUAAAAUAAAUUCAAGUAAUUAUUAUUUUUUAUUUGGUACAAUGAAUGCAUUGUAAAAUUUAACGGUGAUGAUGACCGGUGGUUGGCACUA